AUGUACACAUCGACCGCCCGCCUAUAUGACCGGCAAUCUCGGUCGAUUAGCCGGCACAUCGAUCUCUUCGCCAGUGGUCAUCAGAGACUGCCCAGAGCCAUAGCACCACAGGUUGUACGCCAAUUUUCCGCAACAUCGACCCUCAGCAACGCAGCUCCUUCUCCUUCGUUACCGGACAAUCAUGAGUUUUUUGACUUCACGCGUGGCCGUUUCCUAGGCAAUGAGAAGUACGAGUUGCAGCGUCGCCAUCGCAAGUUCGACGUCUACGAGUUGAUGCGCGUUGCAGCUCGAGCUGUUGGUGCAAAUUACUGCACUAACAUUCAAAAGUGCCCGGAUGGGAUGUACAACAGGAUUCUGCAUCUCUCAAUCGACAACGGCAAGCAAGUGAUUGCCAAGAUACCCAAUCCAAACUCGGGUCCGCCACACUUUACUACUGCCAGUGAAGUAGCGACGAUGCAAUUCGUCCGCGAAGUCUUGCGCACUCCAGUGCCGGAAGUGUAUGCAUGGAGCUCAAGAGCACAUGAGACUACCAUUGGAGCCGAGUACAUCAUCAUGGAGAAGAUGGAAGGUGUCACGUGGAAACAACUCUCACCAUCGAUGAGUCUUGCAGAUCAGAUCGCAGUCGUGAAGUCUGUCGCCGAGUAUCGGGUUGCGUGGUCGUCGGUGGUAUUCGAGCAGUACGGUAGCCUGUACUUCGCGAAGGACGUUAAAAACCUUGACCUGCCUGCUCUAAGAUACACGACAGAUUUGGACGGCCCGGUAGUCGAUGCAAGAUUUGUGAUAGGUCCUUGUUGUACACGCAGUCUCUUCCAAGCUGGGCGAGAGACAGUUGAGCUUGAUAGAGGUCCAUGGUCGUCCAUCAGGGAAUUCAACCUAGCCAACGCCCAGCGCGAACUGACGUGCCUCCAUAAUAUUCCUUCCCUCCCGCAAACGCACCUUGCUCUUUGCGGACCUGGACUCCAUCGGCCACGGAGGGACAUCAAAAUCAACGUUUUGGAGGUUUAUCUUGGAAUCCUCGAAUCUAUAGAGCUACAAGACUCAGUAAUGAACGGUCCGCAUAUCGCUCAUGAUGAUCUACGCAGUGAGAACAUCCUCCUUACUCCGGGCAAUCAGAUCGCGGGCGUUCUUGAUUGGCAGUCAACGACUAUCACACCGCUCUACGACAACAACUCGCCCACGUGGCCAAUGGAAAAUCCGCCACAACUCUUGGAUUCUGAAUCCUUACUCUUGACGCCAGACCCGAACUUACAUGCCCUACUGCUUGAGAAGAGACAACGUUCCAUAUCCCUCAAGGAAAGCCUGGAUGCCGCAUACAGAGCACACCUUCGGGCGCGAUCCACACCGCUCCAUGACUAUCUCGACCUUGAAGAGAAUGAUCCGAGAAUCACUGUAUUACGGAUCGUUCCGGAAGUCUUCUACGAUGGUGAAUCAUUCGCGUUCUCCAUAUGCAUGAUGAUGGCAGAUGAGGAAACUCUACUUGGCGCCCAGGGUGUCGCAUGGCCUGUGGAAUUCUGUGACAAGAGUAGAUUAUUGAUCGCCGAGGCCUCUCACAAAUACGCAGCUAGCAACCAGAUGAUGACCGAGAUUCACGAGCAACUUGACUUCCUGAGUCUAGCUGGCUGGGUUCCUCACAGCCACUAUGAUUCGGUCACUUCCAGACUUUCUGAGAUCGCGGAUCUAGUGAUAGAAAAGUUUGCAGAUGACAGUGAAGACGCUGCGGAAUGGAAGAAUUCAUGGCCUUUCCGACGGGAUUAA